AGUGCACUUGCGCAGUUCAAAAGGACUAAAAAUCAAUCGAGGCCCUGGAAUAUUCCGCGCCGGGUCGCGAAUUCGGACGGACGGUGCGUCAUCAAUACCUGUGGACCUGAUCGAAGACUCCAGGAAUAUCGCGACGAGCUCCCACCGUACAGUAACAGGCAUCAUGGAUGCAAAACCAGAGCAGCAGCAGCAGCCGCCACCGCCGCUGUUGCUGCUGCCCCCACCGCCGUCGGCGCCCUAUGAGCCGAUUUACACCAUCGCUAAUCUAAAGCGUCUGACGGCUGAGUUCAUGAUGGCUGACCUGGGCUCUAAAUAUCGUGCGUGCUCCGUGGCUGCUCUGGUCAGCCCCACCGUGACGCGCAUGCGUGUAUGCCAGAGCCGCCGUGACUUGUUCUGCGAGCCUCCCAUCUACGACCCCGACAAGGCCGUGAUGUCCAUUUAAACAUGGACACAGCAUCUUAAUGUAUGCUGUAUGUUUAAAAAACAAAAAACAAAUAAAAAAAAUAAAAAAUAAACAAAAAACAAAAAAAGUUAAAAAUAUCGAAAACUAAAAAAAAAUAUAAAACAAAAAACAAAAAAAAAAUUAAAACAAUGGAAAACUUAAAAAAAAUAUAUAAAAUAAAAAACAAAAAAAAAGUUCAAAAUAUCGAAAAUACAAAAAAACUAAAAUAAUUAAAAACCAAAAAAAAAUAAAAAAAUAAAAAUUAUAUAAAAAAAAUAAAAAACACGAAAGCAUUCAAAAAAACUAAAAAACGAUAAAACAUAAAAAAAUAUACUUAGGCGAUAAUUGUUGCUCUUCUUGCUUGAAUAGUUUAAGGUUCCCCUUAGCCCAAUUAAUGUUAAGCUAUGCCAUACCAUUAUUAUUAACCAUGUUUAACCGUAGAAUUAAGGUAUAUGUUUAGGAUUAAGACAUGUUUAACCAUAUUUAACCAUAGAAUUAAGACAUAUUUAACCAUAGGAUUA